AGCACUGGCUGCCCUUUAAGACUCCUGCCGUCCCAGUACCCCAUCGCAGGCAAACCGCGAGCAGGCGCCAUGAUGUACAGGAAACCUGCCAUGCGACGCCCCGGGCUCGCAGCUCUGCUCGUGGCUUUCCUGGGAUUCCAAGGCUGGAGCUUCCUCGGGGACUUCACUGGACAGGCAGCUGCUAAGGCGACCACCCCCAAGGCCGAGGAUGGGAGGGAGGAGCCGAAGAUCGCGCCGAAGCCACCGAAGAUCACGCGACACGCCUCGGUGGUCGAAAGCCUGAAGAACCCCGUCAAAACUGUUUCAGAGACAAUUGAUGACUUCUACAAGGGCUACCCACAGCCGCCAGUUCUGCCCAUGUAUAGGACCUUCUUGGUUGACUUCAUUACACAGACGCACCUGAGCAACGUGGACUCAAGAUUCAAGUAUGAUGCCAUUUUCGCCUUGGGCAUGAGGCACUACUUCACCGGCCUCAUGGGCCAGUAUGACAAGUUGGUGAUGAGUGAAGAAUCAGAGAAGAUCUGGAAGUCCUUGGUCGAAGCCAUUGGAUUGAAGCCAGAUCAGGUGCAGGCGGACGCCGAGGCGGUUGCUGCUUAUGCCAGUUCCACGAAGCCGUCGGAGAUUCUGAAGCACAUGGAGGGCACCGAGAAGCCCUCGGAGAAGAAGGUGGCGGCCGCCUUCGAGUCCAUCAAGUCCUCGCUCUAUUCGAUCACCUUUAGCAUGGGUCUCUUCCGAGUCAUGGAACUCAGUGGGGUGGAACUCACCCGCAACAACGCAGAGGAGUGGGCGAAGGCCUUGAAGAUUGAGCCGCCGUCCAAGGUCACAUCCGAUUUCGAGACCUACAAGCAGAACCAGUCGAAGCUUCAAAAGGCUGAAGAGAUGCUUCGAGAGAUCGAAAUCCGGGAGAAGAAGAAGUUGGCGGAAAGGUUAGAGCAGAAGGCGAAGGCACUCGCCGAGAAAGCGGCGAAGAAGGAGCCGGAGCCCAGUGAGGCAUAAAUUCGUGUCGCAGAAAGAGACGCUGCCGCCUCGGAAGCUCCUCGAGAGACCUGGCCAGAAAGGAACGAAC